CUGAUGACUGCGCCAUUCACUCUGGCUGACAGUCUGUUGUCUAUAAAAGAGGACAUGUACCUGCUACUUUCCACUCAGUAAAUCAACAACCUUACUGUCCUAAAUCAUAUAAUUCUUAUAAUCCUAUAAACCUUUCAGUCCUAACCACCCUACUACCACUCUCGAAAAAAUCACUCUUCAUCCCCAAACCCACCUUCAUCAUCACCAUGCAAUUCACUCUGCUCCUCUCUGCCCUGAUCGCAAUGGUCAUCUCAGUCGUGGCCCUUCCCACCGGCGAUACUCGUCUCGCUCAACUCCGCCUGUUCGGCGAACCCGGCUGCUACAACGAGAACAUGGGCGAACUGGGUAUUUACCGAUCGGCUCUCAACCAGUGCAAAACCUUCCCCGGCAACCAAACCAUUGAGUCUGUCAGCUUCGAAUACAAUGUCGCCGGCUGUGGUGUGCAAAUCUUCACCGAAGACAACUGCUCCGCUGGCCAGCACAACGUGACCCUGGGACAAUGCCUCCAAGGCGAUGCCGAAUAUGUCAGCUACAAGUUGGUGUGCAACUAAGGGAUUGACUUAAUGAUACUUCUACGAUAAUGGCGAUGCGAUUCAGGUCGAUGGUGGAUAAUGAUUGACUUAAUGUAUAGAGAGGAUGGAUGGAUGGCCACUGUCCCAUGCCGUCUCGGGAAACUAAU